CUGAAUGUGACAAGCAGAAAGAAGAGCUUUCAGCGGGGCCGCUUGCUGCCUGGCUCAAGCGGUGGGAGGUGCGCCUUGCAUGCCUGCGUGUGUAUGCGUGUAUAUAUGUGUGUGCUCUGCCUGCGUGUCCACGCACACGUGCCCGUCACCCGCCAAGGACUUGACUGCUAAAAGAAAAAUCUGCUCUUUCUUUAGAGCUCCUUAACUCGCAGCCUCUCUGACCAUCCGGUUGGCAAAGACCUGCAGGCCAUGAGGACUGGUCAAAGACAGUGAGAGGACGUGAAAGGGUAAAUCCCUGUGCCUCGCAGUCUUAUUUCCUGCCCUGACGUCCCUGCAAACCAGUCCAAGGGUUAAACGUAAGCGGAUGCCUGUAUGGCUGCCUUACUGAUGCCACGCAGGAACAAAGGCAUGAGGACUCGCCUGGGAUGCCUGUCUCACAAGUCAGACUCAUGUAGUGAUUUCACAGCCAUUCUUCCCGACAAGCCCAACCGCGCUCUCAAGAGACUCUCCACGGAAGAAGCUACGAGGUGGGCCGAUUCCUUUGAUGUACUCCUCUCCCAUAAGUAUGGAGUGGCUGCAUUCCGCGCCUUCUUGAAGACGGAGUUCAGUGAGGAGAACCUGGAGUUCUGGUUGGCCUGUGAGGAGUUCAAGAAGACCAGGUCAACUGCAAAACUGGUCUCCAAGGCCCAUAGGAUCUUUGAGGAGUUUGUGGAUGUGCAGGCUCCGCGGGAGGUAAACAUUGACUUCCAGACCCGAGAAGCCACGAGGAAGAACAUGCAGGAGCCAUCCCUGACCUGCUUUGACCAAGCCCAGGGAAAAGUACACAGUCUCAUGGAGAAAGACUCUUACCCCAGGUUCCUGCGGUCCAAAAUGUACUUAGAUUUGCUGUCCCAAAGCCAGAGGAGGCUCAGUUAGACCUCCGAAGAGGACUCUUGGAAACCGCCGGCUUCCCCUGCCCUUGCUGCCAAACCCAUAUUCUAACGUGAUAUAUUGUAGGUGUGCAAAAGCGGUGGCAUUGGGAGUGACAGGCUGGGGGUGAGGAGGAAUGAAGGGCCAUUCCGAAGCGCGGCCCAGCUGCCAGAGCCAGGACUCUAUUCCAUUUGCUCGUGUUAGUGUCUUGGUUAGUGGUAGUACCUUGCCGCUGUCACCCUCCCUUGGGUCAGCAAGUUGCCCUUUGUAAUGUCUUGGGCCACCUCUGCUGAGAAGGCAGAUUUGCUGUGCUAGGCUAAUCUGUAAAUAAUGCAAAUGCAGUUUCCACGCCCUCUACACCCUCCUCCUUAGGGUUACUGACUCGCCACUGUUUACCUGGGAAGAAUAGCUGAAAGACCCAGGCUCACCUUUGUGACUUGCGGCCACAAUGUCGUGGCUAGCCCUGGGUGCUGGGACCUCACAGCUGAGGAGAGAGGUCUCUGUGGGACCCCAGUUUCUAGCACUGUCAUGGACAGGUGACCUCUGGAGAGAGAAACAUGGGGUUGGCCGCUCCUUCCAUUUCCAUUGGACCAGUGUGAAAAGCUGUGAUCAUUGCCCAUCCUAGUCUAGAAAUUCAUAAGACUCACCUACCCUGGCAUUCACAGAAAGGGUCUUGGGAGAUGUGCUUCGUAAUUUCCAAAGUAGAGCUGCCAUUAAGAAAGACACGGCUUAUAAAUCUUUGUCAAUUUGAUCAAGAACUUUCCCAGAUGUGGACUGGCCAGGGAAGGAGACUACAGUAGCUUUUGGGGGGUACCAUACAGCCCAUCUGUUGUUUGAUGUAUUCUCUGCCCUCACCUCCCUGAGGCAUCACCCCUCACUGGUCUCUUAGGCUCACAGAGAGCUUGGCAAAGGGAGGUGAAUUCCCACCAUCUGGACAGCUUCAUGGUGCCUAAUACUUUCCCCGUCUCUCCACCUCCUCCCUUCCAUGCAGGUCAUGUAAUUGUGAUGGGGGAGAAUGGGAACUUAGGCUGAACUUCUCUUUCCAGCUUGCUUCCUGAGAGCAUGCUUGCUUAGAAAGGCACCUCCCUGGCUCUCAAGAAAUAGCAUCCUUCUUGAUCUCCGACUUUUUGGGACUGAACGUGAACUAGGAAGUGUGACUAAGAAGUUCACUGUGAUCAUCGGCUGUGAAGAGCCUUCCUCACUUUCGUGGGCCUCAGGGGCUGAACUUGGAAAGGUAUCAGGAACCUCUUCUAGAGGAUGUGUGUACAGCCCAGAAUCUCUGCUGGCUAUCCAGGGACAAGCCAACCUUGGCAGAGAAGCAGUGCCAAGGAAAUGAGUCCUUAGCAGAGAGACCUGAAAAUGGAAGAGGAGCCUGAAAGAGCCCAGUCUCCAAGUGGACUGAGUCACAGAAUUAUGGUGGAGAUACACUGGAAAAAUCCAUGGCCAGUGGAUUUGGAUUCAUUACAGAUCUAAAGAACUUUCAGCUUGACUAAAAGCUCAAGAGUGCAGGUUAUUGAGAACUGGGCUGACACACUCUCCUUUUGUGGGGUGAUGGGCCCUUUUAGAUGAUGCUGCUGUUUCAGCAUUUGCAUUCCUGUCCAGUAACUCCAAGAAUCUCUUCCUUCUUGUCUGCAGCUAGACAAGGCUGAGAAGGCCCUUUGGUCCACUGUGUCAGGGCCCGCUGCCCUGCCAUUGCACAUUGUUAUCUGAGGGAGGGUUGGCAUGUCAAUGUGAACCCCAAGAAGAAAGAAAACACAUGCCUCCUAACCCUUGCUCCUAAAACACCUGGAAUCUCAUGUUCAAGAACUCUGAAGCCUCAAAUGGGUGUUCCUAGUUAGAUCAGGUAGUAUUUCCCCUACCCUAGUCAAAAACCAUUCUUAGCUAAAGCUGCCAGAAUUAAUUUAAUGACUGAAUUCGUAACAGGGUAUUUUAAACAUUGUUUACAUAUGAAAUGUGCAUCUGCUGCCAACUCUGCUGUCGGGCGAGCGCUGCGUAGAAACAGGAACUACACAGAGUUUGGAAAUAUGAACCCUUCCAAGGGGGGCCUUCUCACCACUUCCACUAUGCCAAGGAUACACUGGAAUCCAAAAAGAGCGUUGCACAGUGGUCUCAUCGGGCCCUGGAGUUCUAGACCAACUAUUGGUUGGCCAAAGGCUGCAGAUGGUGGAGUCAUGGCACCCUGAGGCCUUCCUACCAUGAUGGGGAGGUGUGAAGGACAAAGCUUGGAUCUCCCGCAUUUUGCAGCUGAGCAAGGUUCUGUGGGCGUGUGUCCGCGUGUAGCAGAAUGGGAUAACUGUAUUUAUGGUCCUUCUGUGGAGCGUCUUUGUGUGUCUGCGUGUGUGUGUGGCAAUUGUGAGUGCUAGAAUAGUAUACCACAGAUAUGAUCUUCCCAUGGGGUGGAGUUUUCCUCACACCCCUGGCUCCCUGCUUCCCACAAAGGGCACAGAGUUCUCCACUCUGAUGCCUCCUUUUAGGCACUUUGGUCAUACCAACCCAGAUUUUGGCCUGUGAUGACACCAAGAGAAAUGUUUACAACAUCUAGAGCAAUAUCCAAGCAUACCUCACCCCUGACUUCCUCAUCUCGCUCCUGUUCCUCUUCCAUAAGCCCUCACCUGCCUCACUAGGUGGGCACCCGCAGGUGCCACUUCCAUUCACUGUCUUCCUUUGUUCCUCUUGCCAGGCUCAUGCUGAGGAUUCUAGCCUGGACUUGAAGUGUCUGGUCUCUGGAGCCUGUGCAGGCUCAGGGCAAGCCAGGGCAGCAGGCUGGGCCCAGCAGGACUUGUCGUGCUGCUCUCCAUCCCUGAGUGGCCUUUGGCCCUGCUGGAGUGCGAACCUGUACUUGGGCUGGUGUGAGGUUGGCCAUUGCCAGGGCAGAGUGCGGUGGAGCACAGUUGAUGGAGACCAUUUGCAGCUUCAGGUGCCUCUGGGUGAAGAGGAAUUCUUGGGGCAAUAUUUCUUACUAAACUUGAGUGUGCGCAGGGAUCACCCUGAAAGCCCGAUACAAAUGCUCAUUUCCGGGUUCCACACUGAGAUGCUGACCUGAUAAACCUGAGGUAGGGUCGGAAACCUGCAUUUAAUCAUCUCCUGGGUGUGUAGUGGCCUGCCGACUUUAAAAAAGAUGGUGUAUGACAGUGGCCUUCGGCGGCACAGCUUGUUGGAGUCACCUGGGGAGUUUUCAACGCCCAAACGUCCAGGUCCCACCUCAGCAGGGCUCCAUCAGAGGCACUUUGGUAGGGCUCCAGGUGUCAGGAUGUCUUAAAGCUCUGCAGGUGAUUCCCCUGUGCAGGUGAGCACUGGCACAAGGAGCGAGAACGACACGCGGCAGGAGAGUGAGUACACAUCCACAUCACAAGCACAACAGCUCGAAAAGCACCAGUCUGGAGUUCGAUGCCCAGAGGGGCGGCCUCUAUGCUCUCUUAGUCCAACUUGCUCCUUUGAGCUGAAAGUGUCUUGGCUCAAGUUAUGGGCCCUGUUUGACAGCAGGUAUGCCAAGGUGGGGAGCUGAGGUACCCAAUCUGAAGAGGCUUUGCUCACAGCACUUCCUCCAAGCUGGCCUCAUGGCCUGUUCCCUGGUUGUUUCCCGUGUGCUCCUGUGGUUGGCCACUGUGUUCGUCAGGGCCUCUGAACCCAAGGCCAUGCAGCGCAUACCUGGAACCUGGCUGGAGAGCCCAAGAGUGUCGUGGUAGGAAUCAAAGUCAUAACACACCUUCUGCAUUUCUCAAUGGAAGGGGUCCCAGCUGGGGGUGUCAUCUGCGAGGGUUUCCCAAGGCCACGGUGGGGGUUUGGUUUCUGCUCCAAGCUCUUACCACUCCCUCUGCUCCCAGGCUGGAUGGGCAGCUGGGAAGUUGCUGGUUGAUUUUACUCUCUGGUGCUCCCCCUAGAACCUGCUGCUCUGACUAAACCAAAGCUGAGACGUGGCGCUGUGCCCAGGCUGCAGGCCCCGCUGUGGGGCACAGGCCCUGGACUGUGGAGCAGCUCGCUCUGCCGGGAGGGAAAGGUAGGGACCUGUUGUGUUGAGAGCUGGGGGCAGACGGGAAGGGGGAAGACUGGAGAGAAGCAGCAGGAAGGAGAGGCG